AGAGAGAGAGAGAGGGCAUUUGGGUCAAUGGAAGGAAGAGGGAGGCAUCUUCCAUCAUUUCUUCCUAUUACAACAGCCGACGAAUUGCUUGGGAAAUGGGAAUUCUGUAACUAUUGUCUCUCAGUGUCUGAACUUUUAAAAGCACCACACCACAUCUUCCCUUAUACUGGAUUCACUGCUCUGUUUCUUCACUUCACUUUGUGUUUCCUUUGUAACUCAACCCUCAAACACAAACCUCAAAGCUUUCUCUCUCUCUCUCUCUGAGCUAUUAGAAGUUUUUUUUUCCAAGGAGAGAAAUCAUGUUCAAGAUCCAACCCAGGAAUUACUUCUCCAUUUUAAAAGAUCUAGCUUUGAAGAACUACUACUGCAACAAGAGUUUCUCAUCUGAGACAACAAGAAGGUUGGAAGGCAAAGUGGCUCUGAUUACCGGAGCAGCCAGUGGCAUCGGCAAAGCAACUGCAACGAAAUUCGUUAACAAUGGAGCUAAAGUGGUGAUCGCCGACAUCCAACAUCAACUCGGCCAAGACACAGCGGCAAAGCUCGCACCUAACGCUACCUUCAUCCCUUGCGACGUAACCAAAGAAUCCGAUGUCUCCGCCGCCGUAGACUUCGCCGUCUCCGAGCACGGCCAUCUCGAUAUCAUGUACAACAAUGCCGGAAUCUCAGGUCACACUCCUCCCAGCAUCAUCGAUCUCGAUCUUUCAGAAUUUGAUAGAGUAAUGAACAUCAAUGUCAGAGGUAUCAUCACCGGAAUCAAGCACGCAGCUCGUGUCAUGAUACCUCGCCGUUCCGGCAGUAUCCUCUGUACUGCUAGUAUCACGGCGGUCAUGGGAGGGUUAGCUCCACAUGCUUAUAGUAUCUCCAAGUUUGCUGUGGUGGGAAUCAUUAAAUCGGCUGCGGCGGAGCUGUGUAGGUAUGGGAUUCGAGUGAAUUGCAUCUCUCCUUUUGCGAUUCCAACACCGUUUGUGAUGGAUGAGAUGGUGAAGAUCUAUCCAGGCGUUGAUGAAGGGAGAAUUGUUCAGAUCGUUCAUGGUUCGGGAGAUUUGGCUGGGGUUAAUUGUGAUGUUGAAGAUGUAGCUAAUGCGGCGAUCUAUUUGGCUUCUGAUGAUGCUAAGUAUGUGAGCGGCCAUAAUCUGGUUGUGGAUGGAGGGUUCACCUCUUCCAAGACCUUGGGAUUUCCGGUACCAUCCACUGUAACAUAGAAAGAGAAAGGGGGUAAAAUUCCAACUUUGUAACCACCGUGGAGUUGGUAUCAAUAGAUUUUCAAGAUUCAUGUUCUUA